UCAAGACGCACGCGAUCAAACUCUUUUCUUCUCGCCGAUUUCAAUUUCUCUCGUUCUCCGACAACGGCCAUGGGAACCACCGUGGCGAGCGGUGACGUGGAAGCCGGAUUCGCGAAGCUGCAGGGCGAGGACUUCGAGUACUACAUGCAAACCUACUCCAUCGUGCUAGGGCGAAACUCGAAGAAAUCCACCGUCGACGUGGAUCUUUCAAGCCUGGGCGGCGGUAUGAACAUCUCGCGCCACCACGCGCGCAUCUUCUACGACUUCGCACGGAGGCGAUUCGCCCUGGAGGUUCUGGGGAAGAACGGGUGCCUCGUUGAGGGGGUUCUGCACCUUCCCGGAAACCCUCCGGUGAAGCUUGAUUCGCAGGAUCUGUUGCAGAUUGGGGACAAGGAGUUCUACUUCCUGUUGCCGGUUCGGAGCAUCUUGGGCGGUCCGAUUGGGCCGCGUCAUUACCCUAAUCAUUCGUCUUCGAUGGUGACCGGAGGAGGACCGGUGUUGCCGCAUUAUAAUUACCAUUUGGGCGGUGCUGCGGCCGGGAGCGGAGGCGGUUCGGUGGUUAAGAAGCGGAGGAGGGAUUAUUAUGAGGAGGAGUAUGAUGAUGAGGAUGAUGUUGGUGGGAGUAGUGGGAAAAAGAUGAGGAGGGACGGUUAUGAAAGUUAUGGCUACGGUGGAGUAGGUUCUGGGGGCAAGGCUUCGCUUUCAGGAGGACUGGAUAAGAAGUCAGAAGGCAGAUCCCGAGUGGAUCGAGAUGCUGAUAAUCUUCAGCUUCAGCAGUUGGAAGAAAAGGAUGUAGUAUCAUCUGUAGCUACUGUUCUCUCUGAUCUCUGUGGUCCUGGAGAGUGGAUGCCUAUGGAGAAACUUCAUGCAGAGUUGCUGGAGCAGUAUAGCAGUGUUUGGCACCACAGUAGGGUAAGGAGAUAUCUGACAUCAGACGAUUGGCCUGGUCCUGAAUCCAAAGGGAAGCCUUGGUAUGGCUUACUCAUGCUAUUGAGGAAGUACCCUGAGCAUUUUGUCAUCAACACAAGGUCGAAGGGCCGGGUCACCCUCGAAUUUGUUUCUCUCGUCUCUCUUCUCUCGUAAACUAUCAUUGGUAAUCCCCAAAAAAUGAGAAGAAAACAAACUAUCUUCAGUGGUUUCUUCCGAUAUUUUAAACUUCUCCUGUAGUUGAUGAAUCAACAGGAUUACUUUCUCUAACUUAGAUAUUCUAUCUUGAUAUCUGGUCAAGCGCGAAACCUGUAUAGAUUACUUUUGUUGCUUUUGUUCUUGGGUUCUCAAUGCUACUUUUUUUUUUUUAAAC